AAACGUGGUAUUGAAUCAUUGUUAGCUCUUCUUUCGACGCACCUACCAGAUACGAGGGAACGCCUAGUAGCGUUUUUCUGUUCUGCCUAUCAGAGGAUGUCCUGGCUCCGUCAGACAGCUCCAUAUCCAGAACACGAAUGGAUGAAGAUUCUAAAUCAUUUGGAGGUACAUCAUAAGGCUAUGGAUGAGUCUACGCGCGCUCGAAUUACUCUGAAGUUACACUAUCUUGGUAUACAAGAAUAG